AUGUUGAUCAAAGACAUCCUCACUGUGACAGCCCUUCUUGCGAGCCAGGUGAGUGCUCAUGGGCUGGUCACCCGCAUCAAAGGCGCCAACGGCGUCGACAUGCCUGGCUUAACUAUCAUUGACGGAGUACCACGGGACUGCCCCUCUGCGGCAUGCGGCGGACAAAAGGACACGGCAAUCAUCCGAGACCAGGAAAUGGGAGGUAUCAAGGCCUCGCCUCUGGGCCGUACUAUGGGCGCUGGUCCGGUAUAUGCGGCCACAGUCAUUAACAAGUUUAUGGGCGCUGCGACGGAGAAGAGGGGUCGCGCUUCCCCCUCGGAAAGGCGUAUGAGAUUGCCUUCGCAUUGCAGCAUCAACUGGGCUAAUAUGUUCUCAGGUCGACAACUCAUCAACGAUGCUGCAAGUGUCAUUACUAACGCCGGUGGAACUAUUCUCAAUGGCGUCCAAGACAUCGCAGACAAGACCCCGCUGGGUGGGACGAUCAAGAGCGCGCAGUCGGCAGUUGAUGACGCCCUCAGUAUUGUACCAGGCCUCAAGUCCGGUGCAAUGACACCGCAGGGCACCAAGGAGAACGGUAUUCAGUUAUACUCUGGCAAAGGUUCCCGCACGGGUCUGCCAACCGCUUCUCCAGAUGGUGUCGUCACAGUCAUUUAUCAUCAGGUAAACCAGGACGGCGCUGGACCUCUCACAGCCGACAUUGAUCCGUCCAGCGGAGGAACCAAUGCGAAGGCAUUUGUGUCGGCCAAAGUGAUUCAGAACAUCCCCGGUGUGGCAGGGUUCUCAACAUCCAGCACUAUGGACUACGAGGUCAAGGUCCAGGUGCCUAAUGGGAUGAAAUGCACUGGAACAGUCGGUGCUGCCAAGAAUGUGUGCAUUCUGCGGGUUCGGAAUACGGCUAUCUCCGGGCCAUUUGGCGGUUCUGCUGCAUUUACGAUGUGA